AUGAUUGAACUGUUGAUCGUUUUCUUCCUGUGCAGCUCUCUGGCGUACUAUGUGAAAUUCCGACGAUCUCGGAAGCGCAUGUACGAACUGGCUGCCAAAAUUCCGGGCCCCUUCGAUUUACCACUGAUCGGCAGUUCAUACAUGGGUUACGGUUUAAACUCAACGCAAAUCACCGAGUACCUGCUGCAAUUCAUGCACUCUAUCCCGACGCCGAUGCGGGGUUGGCUGGGACCGUUUCUCGUUGUCAUCUUCGACAAACCAGAACACCUAUCGGUGAUACUGAACUCGCAGAGCUGCGUACAAAAGUCGCCAUUGUACAAGUUUUUUCGCUUCGAAAAAGGUAUCAUAUUCACCGAAAGAAAUCUUUGGCGAUUGCUGCGAAAGCGACUCAAUCCCACCUUCUCGUCCCAAACGGUUCGAAGUUUUGUGCCUGUGUUUGAUACAGAAGCAGAUAGGAUGGUUGAUCAGUUAGAUCAGUUCGUUGGAAAGGAGGCAUUCGAUAUACUUCCGAAAACCUCAGUGUACACAAUUUCCGCAACAUUGACCAAUUUAAUGAAAGUCCACAUGCACACCGAUGAUAUCGAGUACAAGGAGGAGUUCGCCGAUAAUGCUGAAAAAAUGUGGAUACUUCUAUUUAGACGGAUUUACAAACCGUGGCUGUUCCCGGAGUUCAUCUAUCGACUAACGCCAGAGUUCAAAAGGGAAAGCAAACGAAUUGCCCAGCUACAGGAUCUGUCUCGUGAAGUUUACGAAGCACGUCUGGCAACAAAACCAAACUUUUCGGAAAGUGGGAGCCCAAGUGAAGAGGUACUCAUUGAACGGUUGGAACAAAUGUUUUUCAAAACUGGAGAAAUCGACCACGCUACAAUGAUGAAUAAUAUCGAUACGUUCCUGUUCGCUAGCAACGAUACCACAACGAAUGUCAUAGCCAACAGCUUAUUAAUGAUGGCCAUGCAUCCGGCCGUGCAAGAACGUGCCUACCAGGAAGUCUUGGAGAUCGUACCUUCGGGUGCCAUCACCGCAGAGGAUCUAUCCAAGCUGGUCUACCUGGAGAUGGUGAUCAAAGAAACAAUGCGGCUCAUCCCUGUUGCUCCAAUAAUCACGCGGACAUGUGAGGAGGAACUUCAGGUGGACCAGUGGACCAUACCAGCCGGUGCGAUAGUUGCCAUGCCGAUUAUGAAAAUUCACCGAGACCGUUCGAUUUGGGGUGAACGGUCGGAGGACUUCGAUCCGGACAAUUUUCUGCCGGAGAAAUGUGCCCAACGGAAUCCGUACGCGUAUCUUCCUUUCAGCAGUGGGCUGCGCAACUGCAUUGGCAUGAGAUACGCAUGGGUGGCACUAAAGGUGGCCCUGGCCAAACUGAUUAGGAGGUACAGGUUUUCUACGGAUUUGAAAAUGGAGGAUAUUAAAUUCGAAGCGUCCCUAGUAUUGCUACUAUCUAAUAAACACAUGAUGCGCAUUGAGUGGAGGUAA